CGGAGUGGCGGUGACUGCGGGGCGUGUAGGGGAGGCAGUAGGGAAGACAGUAGGGGGCCCAGGGGUCAGAGGCCGAGCCAGUGCUGGCCGGGCAGGGAUGAGCCAUGGCAUCAGUCAAAGUGGCCGUGAGAGUCAGGCCCAUGAACCGAAGGGAAAAAGAUUUGGAGGCCAAGUGUAUUAUUCACAUGGAAACAAACAAAACAACAAUCACAAACUUAAAGAUUCCAGAGGGAGGGACUGGAGAUUCAGGAAGAGAAAGAACCAAAACCUUCACCUAUGACUUUUCCUUUUGUUCUGCUGAUUCUAAAAGUCCAAAUUAUGUUUCUCAAGAAAUGGUUUUCACAAAUCUUGGCACAGAUGUAUUACAAUCUGCAUUUGAAGGUUAUAAUGCUUGUGUUUUUGCCUAUGGGCAAACCGGAUCAGGGAAGUCUUACACUAUGAUGGGAAAUACUGGUGAUUCUGGCUUGAUACCUCGAAUUUGUGAAGGUCUGUUCAGCCGUAUAAAUGAAACUACAAAAUGGGAUGAAGCUUCUUUUCGAACUGAAGUCAGCUACCUUGAAAUCUAUAAUGAACGUGUGAGAGAUCUCCUUAGGAGGAAGUCAUCAAAAACCUACAAUUUGAGAGUUCGUGAGCAUCCCAAAGAAGGACCUUAUGUUGAGGCAAAAUUUGAUUCAGAAAUGCCAUGUGAAACUGUGAGCAAGAUCCACUUGGUUGAUCUGGCAGGGAGCGAAAGAGCAGAUGCCACUGGCGCUACCGGGGUUAGAUUGAAAGAAGGAGGGAACAUUAACAAAUCCCUAGUUACUCUGGGAAAUGUCAUUUCUGCCUUAGCUGAUUUAUCUCAGGAUGCCGCAUACCCUCUUGUAAAGAAGAAACAAGUAUUUGUGCCUUACAGGGACUCUGUUUUGACUUGGUUGCUAAAAGAUAGCCUUGGAGGAAACUCUAAAACUAUCAUGAUUGCCACUAUUUCACCUGCUGAUGUCAAUUAUGGAGAAACCCUAAGUACUCUUCGAUAUGCAAAUAGAGCCAAAAACAUCAUCAACAAGCCUACCAUUAAUGAGGAUCCUAACGUCAAACUCAUUCGUGAGCUCCGAGCUGAAAUAGCCAGACUGAAAACUCUGCUUGCCCAAGGGAAUCAGAUUGCACUAUUGGACUCUCCAACAGCUUUGAGUAUGGAGGAGAAACUCCAGCAGAAUGAAGCAAGAGUACAAGAAUUGACCAAAGAAUGGACAAACAAGUGGAAUGAAACUCAAAAUAUUUUGAAAGAACAAACGUUAGCCCUGAGGAAAGAAGGAAUUGGAGUUGUUCUGGAUUCUGAGCUGCCUCAUCUGAUUGGCAUUGAUGAUGACCUUCUGAGCACUGGAAUAAUCUUAUAUCACUUGAAGGAGGGUCAGACUUAUGUUGGCCGAGAAGAUGCUUCAACGGAACAGGAUAUUGUUCUUCAUGGCCUGGAUUUGGAAAGUGAGCACUGUGUCUUUGAAAAUGUUAAUGGAACAGUGACUUUAAUACCGCUGAAUGGAUCCCAGUGCUCUGUGAAUGGAAUUCAGAUCCUAGAAGCUACGCACCUAAACCAAGGUGCUGUUAUACUUCUUGGGAGAACCAACAUGUUUCGUUUUAACCACCCCAAGGAAGCUGCCAAACUUAGGGAAAAGAGAAAGAGUGGACUUUUGUCUUCCUUCAGUUUGUCAAUGACCGACCUCUCAAAGUCAUGUGAAAACCUCUCAGCUGUCAUGUUGUAUAAUCCAGGGCUUGAAUUUGAGAGGCAACAACGUGAGGAACUGGAAAAGUUAGAAAAUAAAAGGAAGCUCAUUGAAGAAAUGGAAGAAAAACAAAAAUCUGACAAAGCAAAAUUAGAACGAAUGCAACAAGAAGUGGAGUCACAGCGCAAGGAAACAGAAAUAGUACAGCGACAAAUCAGGAAACAGGAGGAGAGUUUGAAACGCCGUAGCUUUCAUAUUGAGAGUAGACUAAAAGAUUUGCUAGCUGAAAAAGAAAAAUUUGAAGAGGAACGGCUCAGGGAACAGCAGGAGAUAGAACUUCAGAAGAAAAGGCAAGAAGAAGAAAGCAUUCUCAAAGUCAAGGAAGAGCUCCAUUGGCUACAAGAACUCAGUAAGAAUGAAAAGGCUGAGAAGAUACAAAUUUUCAGAGAACUUGACAGACUUAAAAAGGAAAAAGAUGAGCAAUGUGCCAAGUUUGACCUAGAAAAAAAGAGACUUGAAGAGCAAGAAAAAGAGCAGCUGUUGCUUGUUGCACAUCUUGAAGAGGAAGUCAGAGAAAAACAAGAUAUGAUACAAUUCCUGAAGCAAGGAGAUGUCCAACGGCUAGAAGAAGAAAUAAGGGACCUUGAAGAAAUCAGAGGAUCUCUUUUGAAAUUUAAAGAAGUCCGGUCUCAAGGGGAUGAAGAAGAUGGUGAAGAAUUAGAGAAAGCACAACUUAAUUUCCUGAACUUCAAGAGAAAUCAACUUGCACAGUUGAUAAAUUUGGAAAAGGAUCUAGUUCAGCAGCGAGAUCUCCUUGAAAAAGAAGUGGUAGAUGAAUGGGAAGUUCUAGAGCAUUUAACAGGUGUCACUGAAGAUUUGAAUUUGCUCAAAGUAAAUGAUGAAAGUCUCUUAAAGGCAACACAGGUGGCCCAAGACUUGGAGAAAAUGAAGCCAGCAGAAUACAGGCUGCAGAAUAAAAAACACCAGCUUCAGUACCUCACACAGAAUCAUUUGCCAGUUUUGUUGGAAGAGAAGCAAAGAGCUUUUGAAAUCCUUGAUAGAGGUCUUCUUGGCUUAGAUAACACACUUUAUUUGGUUGAGAAAGAAAGGGAAGAAAAAGAGGAACAGCUUACCCAGUACAGAGCCAAUGCCAACCAGCUGCAGAAACUCCAAGCCACUUUUGAAUUCACUGCCAAUAUUGCUCGUCAGGAAGAGAAAGUUAGGAAAAAGGAAAAAGAAAUUCUUGAAUCCAGGGAGAAGCAACAAAGAGAGGCACUAGAACAGGCUGUUGCUAAACUGGAAAAGAGACAUACUGCCCUCCAACGCCGCUCCAUUUUGGAUUUGGAGAUUGAAGAGCAGAAACAAAAGCUGGCCACUCUUAACAGCAAUAAUAGUGAGCAGUCAGGUCUCAGGGCUUGUCUAGAGUCGGAACAAAAAGCCUUAGAACAGAACCAUGAAAGGCUUAAUGCUUAUAUUGAAGAAGAAGUGCAGCGGCGUCUGCAGAAUGUUCAUCCCAGGUUUGGAGAUGCCAACAUCUAUUUAUCCCAGUCUAAAGAACUGCCAAAGGAUAAUGAAAAACUUCACAAUGGCACUAUUCAACGUAAGCUUAAAUAUGAGCGGAUGGUUUCUCGCUCUUUGGGAGCAAAUCCAGAUGACCUUAAGGACCCAAUUAAAAUUAGUAUUCCACGCUAUGUUCUCUGUGGACAGGGAAAGGAUGAACACUAUGAGUUUGAGAUAAAGAUUACUGUCCUAGAUGAGACAUGGACCAUAUUCAGGCGUUAUAGUCGUUUUCGAGAAAUGCAUAAAACAUUGAAGUUAAAGUAUCCAGAGCUUGCUACUUUAGAAUUCCCCCCAAAGAAGCUCUUUGGGAAUAAAGACGAAAGAGUCAUUGCAGAACGCCGGAGUCAUUUAGAGCAAUACCUCAGGAAUUUUUUCAAUGCGAUGCUUCAAUCUGCAACAUCCCCAUUGCACAUUGAUAAAGUGGGCCUGACUCUUUCGAAGCACACCAUCUGUGAGUUCUCUCCAUUCUUCAAAAAAGGAGUGUUUGACUACAGCAGCCAUGGGACUGGCUAGAGCUGGAGCCUGAGUCUAGCUGCAAAUGCAGUGCCUUCCUCUAAGCAAGAUUCCUCCAGAAAUACAAAUAAAACUCUCGUGCAAAGGUCUCCACCUAAGUCUUCACAGCUAAAAACAGAUAUGCAACAAUUCUUUCCUUUACCUUUUCACAUUUUUCCUACUUAGUGCCUGUGUUUGGGAAUUGAAUGUUGUAACAUUUGUUUCUGCCUGUGGUUUCCAUGGCAAGGCGCAGUCACUGUUCAACCCCAGCUGAAUAUGGCUCUUUCCUAUUGCUCAGACAAUUCAUUUCCAUAUGGCAAGAUUGCUUCUCUUUAACUUUUGCUCUCCCAAUCCAGCUUACCAUUUGAGAGAACCUGGUAAUGUUGAAUUUCCUUUUUUACUAAAAUAGAGCUUCAUAUCCCCCUUCCAUUAGAUCAUAUUAGCAUUUCUUCCCAAGAAAGACAUUUUUAAUUACUUGAGUUUAUGUUUGUUUGUUUUCCUCCUGGACUGACAGCUUUUGUAUAAUACCCAAAAGUUAAUGUUUACAAAGAAUCUCAUGUUCUGCAAGAGAAUUUCAAGGCAAAUCAUGUUGCAAGUCUUCCAUGCUUGACUAUUUGGAUAUAAGCUGCAUCACUUGAGAUGGAUAUAUGAAACACAUGCAGACAGGAUAUUCAUUUGACCUUGUUAAGUCAAGUUAGAAUGUCUGUUUUCUAAUUUCUUAGAAUGUAUCUGUCUUGCACUCUCCUGCUUUCUCAGGAAAGCGUCAUAUGAGUACAGAGCAAGUCAUAUUUUGAAAGGCUCUGUUGUUCAUGUUUAUGUUACAUUAUCUAUAAGUGCUUCGGUGGAAAUAUUAGAAUUUACAGUGUUUUACUAAAUAAUACUAAAAUUACUCAGGACUUAUGUAGAAUUGCAUAUAUAUAUAUAUAAUGUGAUAUCUGCUCUGUAGUGUAUAAGGAAAAAUUGUAAGUAGAAAAAACAUAUGUAUGUGCAGAUUGUAUAUAUUCUCAUCCACAGGUUUAUAUAUUAUAUAUAUAGACAUAUUCUUAUUGAUCAGUUGUAUCAAAUAUAUGAACACUCAUACAGAAUUAUUAAGGGGCAUCACAAAGGUAUUUGCUUCAUGCAAAAUUGAAAUUGAGCUGCUAUCAAUAUUAAAUGAAAUUAUGGAAAAAAAAUAA